AGGAGAGGCCGCGCGGGCGUGUAGUCUGCGACCGCGAGGGAUCAGGGGAGAGAGAGAGAGAGAGAGAGGAGCGGAGCGGAGCGGAGAGGAGAGGAUGAGGGGCGGCGGCGGCGCCGACGGGAUGGAUGAGGACGGCCGGCCCAAGUACGCGCAGAUCCCGACGAGCUUCGGCCCCGAGCUCCGCGCGUGCCUCCGCUGCCGCCUCGUCAAGACCUACGACCAGUUCAUGGAGCAAGGCUGCGAGAACUGCCCCUUCCUCGAGAUGGACAAGGACCACGACAACGUCGUCAACUGCACCACCCCCAACUUCACAGGAAUAAUCUCAGUGAUGGAUCCUGGCAGGAGUUGGGCUGCUCGCUGGUUGAGAAUUGGGAAGUUCAUUCCUGGGUGCUAUACGCUAGCUGUCGCGGAGGAACUCCCGGAGGAGUACCAAGGGAUUUGCCAAGAGAACAACGUGCAAUACUUCCCUCCCAAGCGUGUCUGAACAAGCCUAUAUGUAGUCCCUUCAAGAGAACAGCACAGCGUGCAAUACCGUAUAGUUCCUACAGAGCGUCGUGAUCCAGCCCCUGCGUUCCUUGCGAAGGGAACUGGUUACUGCUGUUUCGUGCUCCGUUCUGAUAGCAGCUAAUCAACGAUUGACCGUGCACUUUUGUACUAUAACCCUCGUCUUAAAACAGCAGUGUUUUAAUCUCAUUGACAUGUCACCUUGCAAACAAUAUGUUCACAUUCCUAUUCACUGGCAUUUUUCAUCAAUGUUCAGCUAUCUUUCUACUACAACAAGCAGGCGUGCAGCCAUUCUGCAU